UUCUGAACAACAUGACUUCAGGGAAAUACCGAGAAAAUAAAGCGUAUUUGAAAAUGCUGGCUCGUAUUUCGCUGAGCUUUUAUUUUAGAGGAGUGAGGCUUCUUAAAUAGUUCAGUCGCCUUUCAGCUAAAAACAAACCUUCAUCACUGAAGAACCAGCAUGGCCGAGCAGAGGCUGCUGUUUAUAGAUAUUAAACCAAACAGCUCUUCUUCUGUGGAGGGCAGAGCUGAGAAGUCCCUCUGGACUCGAAGCGACAACACCUUCAGAUUCAACUUCUUCGCUGGAGACUCACCAGCACUUCAAGAACAAUCAUCUCCAUCAGACAGGAUCGAAGCAGCGGCGAGCCGGGUGUCCUUUACCGGACAGGGCUCUGCUUUUGCCUUCAACUUCCAAAUUCCUGCUGUUGUCCCUGAAGAAGACAUGAUGACAACAGAGGCUUCAGAUGUCGCACACUGUGACCAAGAGGAGAAACCCUCAGCUCUGAAGGAGGUUAGCUCCCCUCCUGAACCGUCAAAAACAAAGAAGAAGAAGAAGAAAUCUGGAAAGAAGAAAGCCUCAGAUAGCACUGAGGCACAGCAGGAGCCAAGUUCAGCUGAAGCGAGUCAAAGAGGCAAAGACGCAGAGCUGAGUGCUGAAGAGCAGCUAAAAAGACAGCUGGACUGGUGCAUCGAGCAGCUGGAACUGGGAAUGAGGUCCUCGAAGGGAACCACGAAGCAGAAAGAGGAGGCGUCUCGUGCCCUAAAGACCCUGCGCAGCUCCAAAGCUCCUCUGGCCAAGAAGAGGCAGGUGAUGAGAACCAUGGGGGGAGAUUACAGGAAAAAAAUGGAAGAAGAGAAGAGCAAGCAAUUCAAACUCAUUCAGAGUGAACUGGCGUCAGCUCAGGUCAAGGCGGUGCCAGAUUCCCCAAAGAAGUCCGUUUUCCACCGGAGAGCCAAAGUCAACACUCAGACUGAAGCCUCAGAGGAGAACCUGCAACAAACUGAAGUCCAGGAUACAGAGCAGAAAGCUCAGGAGGAGACGUCAGCUUUUGUCUUCACUGCAUCUAAGGAAGAGUUUCGCUUCAAUUUUCUCUGAUUUGUAUCCCGAGGACAAACUUUUUUGCAUGCAGUAUGUUGAAAAGAAGUGCCACUUGCUGUGUGUGCUGGACAUUCUGUGUGUUGGAGGUGAUAAACAGCACACAAAAAUAGGAACUGUACCAGAGAAAAUGGGAAAGAAACCAGUACAAUCAUUGCUAAUAUUCAAGACUCUUAAUUGCUUGUACCAUAUUUCUAAAUAAAGCAUUUUGUAUAUUU